UGAUUAACUUUUUUUGUCAUCGAAGCAAAAGUUUAUUGGGAAUUGUUGGCGCUCGACUGUAGAACAUUUUUAUGGUAUUCGAUCGGAUGGUCUCGAAGCUCGUCAAAUGCCGUGAAUCGUCCGACAGAGUCGAAAGAUGAGUUCAACGAGUAUCAGACAUUGGCUUAGUCGCGGCGAUCUAGAUAAACUGGAAAAUGUCGUUCUGGAAGGCAAAGGCUCGCGACUGCUGGGCGAACACUCGCCUGAACUCAGGACUCGAAUUUUCCUCCGAGGACUGCCGCACUAUCUAACAAAAAUAUCACAAAUCCACGACGCAGUUAUCCGCGGGUCGUUAAACGAAGUGCAAAGGAUCGCCGAAUCGGAGCCGAAGAAGAAACUUGUACUUUCGAAGGAUUCGUCCGGCAUACCGUUGGUUCACAAGGCAGUUUACUACGACCAUCCCAAUAUCCUGGACUGGAUUCUCGAAAAUUAUCCCGCCACCGUUGAUCAAAAAGAUCGGGAGGGCAGGACGGCGCUCCACUACUGCGCGGCCUGCCGGGAGCCCGAGACCGUUUGGGAUCGGUUGAUCGAGGCCGGCUGCGACGCGAGCGUCUGCGACAAGCGAUCCCGACCGGCAGCCUACUAUCUGCAGCACAGCUCCGAAGUCGAGCUGCCCGAUCCCGUGAAAAUGACGAGCAGGAAACAGAGGGACAAGGACCCGAGCAGAUGGAUAAACAGUCUCGACUUCAAGCCGUCCAACAUAAGGAUAUGGAUCCACAACCGAGACAUCGGUAAGCUGCAGCAUGUCCUGUGGGAGGGCCACGGAUCAAAGUUGCGCUGCGAGACGAGCAGCAACACCAAGGUCAAGAGGUUCCUCGAGGCCGUGCCUUUUAUCAUGGGAACCAUCAAAGACAUCCACUCGUCGGUCAUAAAGAACGACCUCGAGGGCUUCCGGCUGAAGAUGGACGAACCGAUCCCGCCCAUCAUAUUAUGCAGUAAGGACAGCAACGGACUGAACGUGCUUCACAAGGCUGCAGGCUUGAGCUAUGCGGAGAUGGCCCGGGAGAUUGUCGAGAGGUACCCGGCGAUCGUCAACGCGCCCGACAACGAGGGCAGAACUCCGUUGCACUACGCCGCGGUCGCCAGGGACGGUGGGGCCAUGUACGACCUGUUGACCGAUUUUCGCGCCGACGAGGGUAAAGCCGACAACAAAGGGAAAAUCCCGGCGCACUACAAAGGCCGUNAAUAA